CAGUGUCGGAGAUAAGCCUGUUGCGGUCUCAUAGCUUUUAACAAGGUUGACAAUGUAAAUAACAUAUGACGAAAGUUUUCUUUAAAGUGCACCUUACAUGAGGAGUGAUUAGGAUGAAGAAAUUUCUACUGGCCACGUCUGUGAUCUGCGUAAUAUCCCUCGUCACAGCAGGUGAGGUGGACGUUGUAUCGGUCGAUGAUGAAGGUGACGGCUCAGAGGAGGUGGUUACCAAGGAAGAGAAGAUUAUCGAAACGGUUCCUGCAGCACCACCGGCACCCCCGCCGUCCGCAGCGAUUGAGCGGAUUGACGUGGAGAAGGUGGACGUUACUGGACCAGAUCUGGUAAAGUUGACGAGGAGAAUCGAGGACGCGCUUAAUGCUGUGAUGGCUAAAGUUGUUCAGCGAAAGAAGGAAAUUGCCUCCGAACUCAAGAGGUUUGAAACGGGCAUCAUGAAUAUUCUACGUCUCCUUGGAUCAGCGCAAGGGGGAGCUGGGAAGCGAAGAAAGCGCGAUGCGAGGCAGGGAAGAGAAACAGACAUCAUCAUUGAUGACGACGACGACGACGAAGAUGAUGAUGACGACGAUGAUGACGACGAUGAUGAUGACGAUGACGAUGACGAUGAUGAUGACGAUGAUGACGAAGAUAAGUGAUCGUAGCCACGUUGCAGUGUUUGCGUCGGUUAAACUUGAAUCCGCGUACAAGAAAACCACACACUGCGUGCCCUCGUUUCGAAGUUGAACAGGGGUCCUGGUGGACUGAGGGUUAAGCGAUAGAUGAAGGGGUGUGUGGUCUCGCAUCAUAUUGUUCAAGAAGCCUGUUGUAUGUUGACGUUUUGUGGCAUGCUAAGAAACUGCCCAGAUCAGCGAGUACGUGCUGAACUACCCUGCAAGUUAGGCGAUGUGAGCUGAUUGAACCCUAUUAUGGCUAGAUGUGUGAUCCAUUUGGAUAGUGUGAUCUCAUAAAUAAAGACGAGUAUUUGAAU